GAAUUUAUUUGAUGGCUGAACAAUUAUUGAUGAAUGCAGUUGAAAAGGGAGAUCUCCAACAAGUUUCAACCCUUAUUGUAGAAACAAAUGCUGAUGUGGAUUUUAUUGAUGAGGGAAAUAGAGGAUUCACUCCAUGUCAUUUAGCUUCGGAAAAUGGUCUGAUGAGUGUUUUGGAAUUAAUAUUGACUUAUAAUUGUGAUCCGAACAUUCCAAGUAAUGAACAAGUUGGAUAUUUGACUCCUCUCCAUAUUGCAACAUCGAAAGGAUAUAAGAAAAUUGUUGAGACACUUUUGAAUUAUUAUGCAGAUCCUAACAUGCAAGAUAUUAAUGGUUAUACUCCUCUGCACAUUGCCUGUAGGAAGGGAUUUUUGGAGAUUGCCAAACUCCUUCUCGCAAAAGGAGCUGAUGUUGAGAUAAAAGAUGAGCAAGGUAAAACACCUUAUUAUUGGGCACAAGAAUACAAACAUGAUGAGAUUUUACCAUUCCUUGAAGUGUUUGCUUUCAGUUCAAUGAAAGAUCUUCCACCAAUGCCUCUCGAUCCUGCCACAGAAGCAAAAGCAAGAGAAAAGCUCGCUCUCUACGACUAUACUAAACAUCAUGAUUCUACCAAGGUUACAAUUCAUGUCAUUAAGAAACAAGAUACAACCAAAACGAAAAAGAAAACAACUAAGAAAAAGAAGAAAUAAGGAGUUUUUCUUCAUAUUAUCAAAUU